AUGCCUUCUAAAGAGUUAGUACUUGCUUAUGUAUUGAAAUACAUAAAAGAUCAAGAUUAUUUGGAUAAGACUGCCAAGACUUUAAUCAAACAAUUGAAAGAGAAUUCUAUUGAAUUACCAGAAAUAAAUGAUGAUUUAGAAAAGAUUUUAGAUGAUGUAUCAAACGAUGAGGAUGAGGAAAUGAAAGACGCUGACAGUGAAUCAGAAUCCGGUUCAAGCUCUGAUUCAGAUAGCAGUAGUGACAGUGAUUCAGACAGUGAUUCAGACAGCGAUUCAGAUAGUGACUCAGAGGAGGAAAAUUCCGAGGAAAAGGAAACCAAAGAAGUAAGCGAUAAAUCAGGUUCAGAUUCGAGCUCAGAUUCAGGUUCAGAUUCAGACUCAAGCUCAGACUCUGAUUCAGACUCUGAUUCAGACUCAAGUUCAGAUUCCGAUUCAGAUUCAAGUUCAGAUUCCGAUUCAGAUUCAAGUUCAGAUUCCGACUCAGAUUCAGAUUCCGAUUCAAGCAGCAGCUCAUCAAGCUCUGAUUCAGACUCCGACUCCGACUCAGAAUCCGAAAAGGAAGAUAAGAAGGUAGAGAAGAAAGAUUCAGAAUCUAGUGACAGUUCCGAUUCUGAUUCAAGUUCAAGUUCAGAUUCAGACUCGUCAGAUUCAUCAGACUCAUUAGAUUCAGACUCCGAAUCUGAAACCGAUGAAAAAGAAGAAUCAUCCAAAAGAAAAGCCCCUGAAUAUUUAAUGCCAAUAAAAAAACCAAAACUCGAAAGUCCAGAUGAUUCAGGUUCCCAAACUGACGAUACUCCAUCCCCAGCGGUCAUCCCAGCAGAAGUAGACGAAUUGAGACCAGGUCAAAGACACCAUUUCUCAAGAAUAGAUAAGACCAAGAUUAGUUUCGAGGAUACUACAUUACAAGAUAAUACUUAUAAAGGAGCAGCUGGUACUUGGGGUGAAAUGGCCAACGAAAAGCUUUUACAAGUUAGAGGUAAAAACUUUACCAAAAAUAAAAAUAAGAUGAAGAAAGGUUCUUACAGAGGAGGUUCUAUUACUCUUGCCUCAGGUUCCUAUAAAUUUACUGAUUAG